UCGGAGCGUUACUGAUGCCAAAGCCUUGUGGGUGGAGGAGCCUUCGCUCACGAACGGGAGUCCCUGCAUAAUCCCAGAGUGGAGGUGGGGGAGUUUGAUGUCUAACUUGGGGCAGCUAUACUUGCACCUAUGUUAGUAGUAGGAAGACUACCGUGGAUUUUGUGCAGCUGGGCGGUUAUAAAUGAUGCGAUUAGUAAUUUUUCUUUUGCUGCACCACAGUUGUUAUCAUGGUGGCUGCUGCCAGAGGAGUCACACGUGCCAUCACCGAGCGCGGGCUUGCGUUUGCGAACCCUGUCAGGGUUGCGGAACAAUCGAACCGGUGCGUAGGCGACCGCCGAUCUAGAUGAGAUUAGCGCUGUCGGAUUGUGAUUAGCGGCUG